ACCAGCUGCCAGCCAGAAUCGAACUGCACAGGCUGCUACAGUCUGUGCGCUCUGACGUGCUGCUUUGCUCUCCUCUCCAUGCUGUUACAUGCAGCUAUUGUAUUCGCCACGGGAUUUUAGCGAUUGGCUUCACUUUACCUCCCAUGUUUCCAGCGACGAAGGAAUGAAGAGCCUUUCCAAUAAACGAUAUUGACAUGAAGAAGGACAUUGAGGUGCUGAUAGCAGAGGAACGUGCUGAGAUCAUCUCUAAAUAUAAUAAGGGUAGAGACGCAGGAGUUCAGAUCGAUCCUUGGGAGGAUGCAGACUACAGCAUAUACAGAGUCACAGAUCGCUUUGGAUUUCUUCAUGAAGAAGAAUUACCCACACCCAGUGCGCUUGAAGAGAAGCAAAAACUGGUGGAGAUUGAGAGGGUGCAGAAAUGGUUGAAGAUGCUGAAGAACUGGAGCAAGUACAGGAACAGUGACCGGAUGAUUAAGAGGGUGUAUAAAGGCAUCCCACUACAGCUGAGAGGACAGACCUGGGCCCUGCUACUGGAUGUCGAGAAAGUCAAGAGCGACAAUGCAGGAAAAUAUGAGAGAAUGAAGGAGCAAGCUCAGCUGUACUCUCCAGAAAUCAAACAGAUUGACCUUGAUAUCAACAGGACCUUUCGAAACCACAUCAUGUUUAUGGAUCGAUUCGGUGUAAAGCAACAGUCUUUGUUCCAUGUGCUCUCUGCGUACUCUGUUUACAAUACGGAAGUGAGUUACUGUCAGGGCAUGAGUCAGAUUGCUGCCAUACUGUUAAUGUUCAUGAAUGAAGAAGAUGCAUUCUGGGCUUUGUCACAGCUCUUAACCAAUCAGAAACAUGCCAUGCAUGGAUUCUUUGUUCCUGGAUUUCCCAAACUUCAGCGUUUCCAAAACCACCACGACCAGAUUCUCUCCAAACUUUUACCCAAACUAAAGAAGCAUUUGGAUAAGGAGCAGAUGUCCAGUGGGAUUUACAGCACGAAAUGGUUCCUUCAAUGUUUUAUUGACAGGACCCCAUUCACUCUGACCUUACGUCUGUGGGACAUCUUCAUCCUAGAGGGUGAGAAAGUUCUGACAGCCAUGGCUUACACCAUCCUUCAGCUCCACAAAAAACGACUGCUUAAGAUGUCUCUGGAGGACCUGAGAGAGUUCCUGCAGGAGAAGAUAGGAGAGUCCAUCUACCUCAAUGAUGACAUUGUCAUAGAGCAACUUAAGGUUUCCAUGUCUGAACUUCACAAAAUGAAGCUUGACCUCCCUCCACCAGCUAAGCCUGAUGAGUUUCCACGGAAGCCUCUGGGUCUGGAGCUGCCUGUAGCUCUGACUCCGGUCAAACGCCCCAAACCGAGCCCCUCAAAAGAUACGCCCAACAAAGCCCAGCUCAUCAAACGGCCACCUGCCUUUCUGCUCAUCUCUCUACAGCAGGAGUCCAUCACGCUGGAUGACAGCCUUUCACAGGAAAAGAAGCCUUACAAAGACGGAGGGACUGACAGCAUGUCUCCCCUCCCCUCACCCGACCCCAUUCUAGUGCACAGCCAGAUUCCCCUCACACCUGAUGGAAUGAUAGGAACCCCUGAGGACGGCGGAGAAUGGCCUCCUCCAUAUGAACCUCCUGGACCUGAGCUUAAUGAGACCCACAACCAACGAGAGAUGUAUGACCCCACUUCACCUCCAAUUGAGGAUGAUAAGAAGCCUUCACAAACAUCUCAGAACUUCGAGCAGGACACUUCAGAGACAGCAGGAGGCAGUGUGGCGGGUGAUUUACCCUCACACAAUUUCAAAUCUGUUUCAAUGCAGCCUUUUGGUGUUUCCAGUUCUGAAAAUUAUGGGGAUGUUGAAAGUCAAAAUAUGGACAGUUUUUCAGGGAGACUCUCCAUAUCAUGUGAGAUCUCCUCAACAGCGCGUGAGCUGUCGGAGUUACCUGCCAAACGAAUCCCCACAGUGCAUUCAGACCCUCUGUUUCAGCACCCACCUCAUUCCAGCCGGCACAUGCCCAAAUCAGAGACAUUUUAAGCUGCCAACUGACUUUUAUUAAAGCUGCCUGUCGCAUAUGACAGAGAUAAAGUUUUCAUAACAAAAGUGAGCUGGCUCACUGCUUAAUACACAACUCCGCUCAUAAGCCAAUUGUUUUAUGAACAACUGCCUUGCAACUUUCCUCUCACACUCUUCGGGUUUGUACAGGACCGCCACUCAAUUACACCACAACACCACUGAUGUCUUUGCAAUUUCUGUCUCCAAAUUUAAUGAAAAGGUGAUAGCUGUAAUGAAAAGAUAUGUUUUGAACCACGCUAUGCAAUGUGACUGAUUUUCAUUAAAGCAAUUUUCCACAUUCAAAUUCAAAUCAACCAUCAGUUAAUAUGCUAUGGCUUGACAGAAUAUUGUAAUUAUUUGUUAAUAUCACAAACCACUCCGUGUUAAAUAAUACAGUAGCUUAUCCUUUCUGAUUAGAAGGUAGAGAGAUGUAGUCUGUGGUAAUUUGAAUGGUCAUGAUCAAAGUAGGCUCCGUUUGUGAUGUGAAUUGUUUAUUGAUACCAGCUUUAUGGUAGGAUGCCAAAUUUGUCUACAAGCAAAUAUUUAUUAUUCUGACAGAAAAAAAAUCACAUAAUAGUUUA